AUGCGUUUAGUUAAACGAUUGUUAAAUUUAUCGAAUCGAAAAAGAGUCGUUAAAUGUCAAGCCAGGGUUGAUAUUUUCCAAGUUUAUCUUUAUCGAGAAAAACAGCUGUGCUGGUUAUUGUUUUGUUUACUGGAAAUGUUUACAAAAAGAGCGCGAGGUAAAAACUUUACCGAUUCAGAGGAGCAUAUUCUCCUGGAUCUCCUAAAUCAGCACAAUACCGUUCUUCAGAACAAGAAGAGCGAUGCCGUCACUUGGCAAAAGAAAAAGGAGACUUGGGAGCGCAUUGCCGAGGAGUUUGCGGACCAAACGGGUGUCAGCCGGCCCUGGACAGCUCUCCGGGACAAAUACGACAAUAUGAAAAGGAAAUCCCGGAAUGGCAUUGAACCCGGAAGAAGGAAAACUUAUGGCGACACUCCUUCGUUCUCCGGAUCGUCGGUGUCGGAAAAAGUGGGCAACCUCAUGGGAAUCACAGGAGCAGCAAGGCUAGUAAACCAGUUUGACAGUGAUGCAAAUUACCAAUUAGUUAAUGAAGCCGAGGAAGGAUCAGAGGAAGCCAGCAGCACCCACAAUUCCGAAAGUCCUCAUCUGGUGAAACUUUUUAAGUCAACAAUCGAGGAUUACACGGAUCCAAAGAUCGAAGUUCCGGAAACCGAGAGCCCGGAGGCAUUUCAAAUAUGGCAUCAAAAAAGAUUUAGAGCGUGCGAGCCCCCCAUACUGCCGGAUCACAGAGGGAAAUCCAGUCUCGAGGAGGAGAAGGUCGAAUUGGUUAAGCUGCAACAGGAAUAUUACAGAGAUGCGAAUUCCAGAGCUGCUGAGAAGCACAAAUAUGAGAUAGAGAAGCAAGUGGUUGAACUGCAAACAAUGCGAUUAAAGAACCAAUUAAUUGAAAUGGAAAUUGAGGAAAAACGAGAAGAGAUGGCCAAGAGAAAACGGAAUUCUUAACCCUAGAAACACAACUCAUUUAAAAUUGUAAAAUUAACUUUUGAAUUGUAAUUAUAAUUAUUUUAAAGUAGCAUAAAAAAGGAAAUUGAAAAUAAGUUCCUUUUAAUAAGUACAAAGUAAUUUAACAUCCUUAAACUAUGUAAAAUAGUUGUAAAUAUUUUAUUUAGCAAACAAAUUGUUUUAGAAUAUGUUAAUUGACGAGUAAUAAAAGCAUUUGUAAUUUUGUAACUAAUA